UAGCGCGGCCAUGGCGGCAGAAGGAUCGCUGGUGGCUGCGGUGCUGGCCAGCUCGGGCCGCCUGAGCAAGGAGGACCUGGGCACCCGCAUCGGGCGGCUCUCCCACCGCGUGGAGGAGCUGAAGGGAGAAGUCUGCACCAUGAUCAACAAGAAGUACAGCGAGUUCCUGCCCAGCAUGCAGAGUGCCGAGGACCUGGUGUCCCAGGUGGAGGAGCUGACCAACAACAUCGACCUGCUGAGAGCUGGGAUUGAGAACGAGGUCCAGAGAGAUCUAAAUAUCGCUGUUGCUGAAUUUACUGAAUUGAAGCAGCAGCUGGAGCGAGACACAUUGGUUCUGAGUAUUCUGAAAAAGCUACAGGAGUUUGAUACAGCUAUUAAAGAGUACAACACUGCAUUGCUGGAGAAGAAGUAUGUUGCAGCAGCUCAGCACCUGAAAGAGGCACACAGCAGCCUGAAAAUGCUGAAAUCCCGCAAGGGCUUUGAGCUGAAGAUCCUGAAAGCACUUGGCACAGAGCUGACAGUGCAGACACAGAACAUGCUCUAUCAUCUAGGAGAAGAAUGGCAGAAAUUGGCUGUAUGGAAGCUUCCACCUUCAAAAGAAAGCAGCAGCCUGGAAUCAGUGAUGCAUUCAGAACUGCACUUACACACAGUGCCAUCAAAAGAGGAGGAGAUUGCUGGCCCCCCUGUGGCUUCUGUGCUGCAGGCAUUUGCUGUCCUAGGAGAACUGCACACCAAGCUUAAAAUUUUUGGUCAGUUGUUGCUGAAAUACAUCCUCAAGCCACUGAUUUCAUACCCAUCUCUUCAGCCAUUCACAGAGGAACAGUCAGAUGUCUUCAUCCUACGUUUUAAGUCUGAGGAGCCUAGCUUGGAUCAUUCCUCUCCUAUGGAAGUUUUUUACAAAAUCAAGCUUGUUUUUGAAGUUCUCCACAAAUACCUGCUGAAUAUGUCUCUUGAGCAGCCUGCAGAAGAUGGAAAAGAUUGCAGAGUUACACUUGCAGAACUGCUGGGUGAGAUGAUAUGGGGAGAGUUAUCAGAUUGCCUCAUUCAGAACUGCCUGGUGAAUUCAAUCCCAACCAAUAGCAGCAAACUGGAGCAAUAUAUAGAGGUGAUUAAAUCCACAGAGGAAUUUGAAACAGCCUUGAAGACCAUGCAGUUUUUGAAAGGAGACACAACUGAUUUACUGAAAUAUGCCCGUAAUGUCAAUUCCCAUUUUGCUAACAAGAAGUGCCAGGAUGUGAUUGUGGCAGCCAGAAACCUGAUGACCUCAGAAAUACACAACACUGUAAAGAUCUCACCUGAUUCCUGUGUAGCCCUACCAAAGCUUCCUGAUCCUGGGGCAGGCCACCUAAAAGCACAAAAAACUUCUCAGCUCCUGCACAACGACACAGGACAUUUGGGGAAUGAGACUAAGCUCAGCCAGCACACCUUUUCCUUGCCCGCGUGCCGCAUCAGCUCAUCAGUGGAGAAGCUGAUGGAGCUGGCUUAUCAGACACUGGUGGAGGCUACAGCCAGCACAGAUCAGUGCUGUAUACAGCUCUUCUACUCUGUGAGGAAUAUAUUCCAGCUGUUCUAUGAUGUAGUGCCAACAUAUCACAAGGAGAACCUUCAGAAAUUACCUCAGCUGGCAGCCAUUCACCACAACAACUGCAUGUACAUUGCUCACCACUUGCUCACCCUGGGACACCAGUUCCGGUACCGCCUGACCAGCAUCCCCUGUGAUGGAGCAGCCACUUUUGUAGAUCUAGUGCCUGGUUUUAGGAGACUUGGGAUGGAGUGUUUUCUGGCCCAGAUGCGAGUGCAGAAAGGGGAAAUCCUGGAGAGGCUGUCAAGUGCCAGGAAUUUUUCUAAUAUGGAUGAUGAGGAAAAUUACUGUGCAGCAAACAAGGCAAUAAGGCAGGUAUUGCAUCAGUUGAAAAGACUGGGAAAGGUCUGGCAAGAUGUGCUUCCAGUCAAUGUAUACUGCAAGGCUAUGGGGACUUUACUGAACACAGCUCUCUCAGAGAUUGUCACCAGGAUUGCUGCCUUAGAGGAUAUCUCUACAGAAGAUGCAGAUAGGUUGUACUCCCUCUGCAGGACCAUGGUGGAGGAAGGACCCCAAGUUUUCACCCCACUACCUGAAGAUGACAAAAAUAAGAAGUACCAAGAGGAAGUUCCAGUCUAUGUGCAGAAAUGGAUGACCUUCAAAGAGCUGAUGAUCAUCUUGCAAGCCAACCUCCAAGAAAUAGUAGACCAGUGGGCUGAUGGGAAGGGGCCUCUUGCAGCUGAGUUCUCUGCAGCUGAAGUGAAGAGUCUGAUCCGAGCCCUGUUCCAGAACACAGAAAGGAGAGCAGCAGCACUGGCCAAAAUUAAGUAAUUCUGUGUUUACACCCUCACAGUGCAUCUUCUGACAAAGCAGGAGCAAACAGCCUUCCAAUUUUUUUAAAAUUUUACCCUUAUUUAUACUGGUAUAAAAAAACCAGAAGAGUGAAGGUGGGUAACACUCAUUGCUUAUGCUCCAUCUGCCAGGCAGGUGGAGUUUGGGCUUGACAAUUCAGCCUCCUGCCAUGCUCCCCUAGAGGUGUUCAAAGCUUUCCUUCACGAGCUGGGGGCUGUACAGUCCUGCUGAGGAGGAGAUGCUUUUUGUGAUGUUUGGUAAUUCCCAUUCUCUAGGAUUUCAUUGUCCUGUUAAGCCCAGAGUAGGGAAACAACUUUUUGAAUCCAACAUCUCUUGGUGAGAACAGGCACCCCUGCCAGGGGGACCUCUCGUUCAAGGUGCUGUACAAUGUCAUCUCAAGCUUCCUUAAGGGUCUUGUAGAGGGAUUUUUGUUUCUCAGUAGUGAGUCUUAUCUAUGCAGUUUUACAUCAGUGGGCACAUAGCCCCUUUGUGUCUUACCUCUUCUGUCCCAGCAAACUACACGUGAAACCCACACACUUUGAUAGCUUUUGAUAUCCACCUAAGAAUGCUGAAGUGCCAAACUUUGCUUUUUUCCACCUCGGGUUUCCCUGAGGAGCAGACCUCAAGAGAGUGAAAGUUUAGGGAGGAGUUCCUGUUCCCAGAGAACUCUUUACCCAGUCAGAAUUUUACAUAAGUAGCAAAAUUCCUCAUGGCUUUAUUUCUCAUGGAAAAUACUUUAAAAUCAACUUAAGAGUUCUUCAGCCUUUUCCAGCUGUAGAAGCCAGUUCAGCUCCUUCCUUUACCUUUUUGUUGUUUUGAACUAGUUAAGUCUGGCAUCUGAUGUAUUUCUGGCAGUAAUUUUUCUGUCCUUUAGGAAUAAUGAGAAACGUAAAUGAAUAAAAAAGGGGACAAAGUGUGCACCCAUAGCAUUAUCUUUUAAAUUAGAAAAGCCUGUGUUUGGAGACUGAGAAAUGCACAUUUCUUAACGGAAAAACUCAGCAAGAGCAUUCAUUAAAAAAAAAAACAUAGCCCAGAGAUAGGUCAGUUGCUGCAGACAUGGCACUAAGUCCUUCCUACAGUGCUUAAAACCUGCUUACAAAAGUUUUCAUCACAGACCUCAAUGUUUUAAUCUCUUAUCUACCUGUUGAACCCUUUUUGUUUGUGCUUUUGUCUGCCUUCUGUUCAUUCUGAAGCAUUUGUGCAGGGCCUGAAGCACAGCUAGGAACUAAGUCAUUGCAGAACUGAGUCCCAUCAAGUUGUCAGUCAGGCUGAGUCCAGUGCAUGGGAAUGCAGCAAGGAAAUAUUGAA